CGAGCGGCGCAGGGCCCCCGACCCAAAUGCCGAUCCGGCCGGGCGGUCGCGUCCAGUCUGGAGCCAGCAGCCGGCGGCUUGUCCCCUUCGGACCCGAUCCCGGCUGCCACGGGCAGCGCCGCGCCGGGCCCCCAAUUCGCCACUGCCUGCCGCCUUGGCCUCGGCUCGGCACGCCCGGGCCGUCACCUCGUCGCCCCUCGCCUUAAAUCUACGGCCUGUGUCCGCCCGGCGGCUGCUCGGGUCACGCUACCGGCGCUAGGGGUAGGGUUUGGUGGGGUGCGGGGUGAGGCCAGCAUGAAGAGGGAUGCCGCCGCCGCCGCUGGUUUCGGGGUUAGCCGCUGGGAGGAGUCGCCGGACGGGGUGAUCGUGCUGCCCGCGGGGUCGGCGGCGCCCCAGCACGCCCGCCACCAGCGGGAGCGGGAGCAGCAGCAGCAGAACUUCCAGGGGGCGGGGGUUUUCGGGGAUCAGCACGCGGAGCCGCCGGAGAAGGUGUUCUACAAGACGAGGCUGUGCGAGAAGUUCGAGGCGGGCGGCAAGUGCGCGUACGAGGACGGGUGCACCUUCGCGCACGGCCAAGCCGAGCUGCGCCCGCCGCUGCACGUGCCGCCGGGGCUCAUCCUCAAGCGGAGGACGCCGCCGCCGCCGCCGACUCCUCCGCCGCCGCCGCCAUCCGGCGCCGACGCCCCCUACGGCGUGUACUACGGCAAGGUCUGCUUCGAGUUCAGGGACAGAGGGACCUGCCACUUCGGGGACCGGUGCUCCUACGCGCACGCCUCGGCGGCGGAGGUAGCAGAGAUGCGCUACCCUGGGGGGCCAAGGUCGGUGGAGCACGCGCUGAGGAACGCGCCGCCGCUUGCAAGGGUGGCGUACGCGCCGGGGCCCCGGGGCAGCAGCAGCAGCACCAACAGCUACGCACCGGCCGCGAGGGCGUUCCCAUCUGCUCCCGCCGCCGCGGCCGGGGAGGACGGGUGCAAGUUCAGCCGACUGGAGCUUCUGAGCCGCAAGAAGACGAGCGGCAUCUACGGCGACUGGCCGGAGGAGGACUGAGCGCUCACCGGGCGUCCCCCUACCCGCCGCACCCGCCAUGUCUACGUGCUGCCGCCGUUGAUCACCGUGACAACUGGGCAAUCUAUCUGACAUGCUGAACUGAACAAUGCUGCCAUUGAUGCUGUGCUUAAUUGUAUCUCGUUUGCUGUUGUAUCCGUGCAUGUAAUCCGUGUCCGAUCGAACCUGCA